GUGAACAGACAAUGAACAGAGCGAGUGGAAUUAAAGAAACUCCAUGCGUCUCAGUACUGAAGCUUCAACAAUCUCCAUUACAUGGUAAUUUAAACCUGGCUCUGAUUAGCUAUUUAUUUGAUUUCGUGAUUGUUUAAUUACACCUCCUAAUUAGCUAUCAAAAUCUCCUGGAAAUCAAUUAACUGUUUACUCAAUCACAUAACUCAAGUAUGCAAUUUAGUACUAGUAGAACAGUAGCAAAUAGUAUGUAGAUGAUGUUAAGUAAAGCUACAAUGGAACCCUUGACUAGGGCUCGUUUCGUAAACCAAGUAAUGGCUGCCAUGAUUAAGAACUACCCUUUUGAUGUGGCAUCAAAUGGCACUACUAGUAGUGAUCAGUUAUUGAGUGUUGAGGUGGUAUCUGAGAUCCUGAGAUGGGUACCUAGGUUAUUCUUCCAGUCCCCGCGGUCUGUUGGGUGUCAGAAGGGUUUUCGACAUCGGGCUCCUCUUAAGCAGAGGAACCUUGGGGAUGAAAUGAGUAGGGCUAGUAAGGGUGUCCGUGUUGUUGGUCCGGCGGAGUAUAGAGAUUUUGGGGAGGUGAAGCGAGGGUUGAAGAAUGCGGUGGGAUUUUACAAUUGGGUCGAGAGGCGAUUUGGGUUUCAGCAUGAUGAAAUGACUUGUAGAGAGAUGGCUUGUGUGUUGGCUAAAGGGAAUAAUAUGAAAUUGUUUUGGGAUUUUCUUAAGGAGAUGUCGAGGAGAGGGGGUGGUGGGCUGGUCACAACUGCAACGGUGACGUGUUUGAUUAAAGUUCUGGGUGAAGAGGGUUUGGCGGAUCAGGCAUUGGAGGCGUUUUAUCGGAUGAAGCAGUUUCGUUGUAAGCAGGAUGUUUAUGCGUAUAAUACAGUUAUUAAUGCUCUUUGUAGAGUUGGGAAUUUUAGAAAAGCCAAGUUUUUGUUGGAGCAGAUGGAAUUACCGGGGUUUAGGUGUCCGCCUGAUACGUAUACAUAUACCAUUUUGAUUAGUGCUUAUUGUAAGUAUAGUUUGCAAACUGGCUGUAGGAAAGCCAUUAGGAGAAGAUUGUGGGAAGCAAAUCAUUUAUUUCGGAUUAUGCUAUUCAAAGGCUUUGUUCCUGAUGUUGUGACUUACAACUGUCUCAUUGACGGGUGUUGCAAAACUUAUCGAAUUGAAAGGGCAGUAGAACUAUAUGAUGAUAUGAUCAAAAGGGGCUGUGCCCCUAAUCGAGUUACUUACAACUCAUUCAUUAGAUACUACAGUGCAGUUAAUGAGAUUGAUAAAGCUAUUGAUAUGUUGCAGAAGAUGCAAAACCAAAAUCAUGGUUUGCCUACUACAAGUUCUUAUACUCCAAUAAUACAUGCCCUGUGUGAAGCAGGAAGAGUAAAGGAGUCAUGGGAUUCUCUUGUUCAGUUGGUGGAAAGCGGUUCAAUUCCGAGGGAAUAUACCUACAGAUUGGUCUGCGAUCUGCUGAAAUCAGAAGGUCAGGCUAAUUUGUUAGAUGUGAAAUUGUGUCGACGGAUAGAAGAAGGAAUCAAGAUGAGAUGUAGGGAUGUGAUGCUAUUCAAACCAAUUAAGAGCCAAAAUCUAUACUCGGUUAGAAGUUUGACAUAAAAAAAUGUACCUGUCAUUAUAUCGCUAGCUUUAUAUGACAAUAUAUACAACUUGAUACCUUUGGUGCUGCAGGUGAGAACAGGAAAGGUAAGUAUUCAUUAAAAAAUUAUCAGUUAAUGCUCAGUGAUUGUGUUCUUUGCCAUCAAUUGUUCCUUGUACUUGACUAAGGGGCUAACAUUUGUUUUCGAACUCUUUGCUUUAGUACUUGAUGAUCUGAUUUGAUCAUACAAGAUAUAAGAUGUACUGUAUCAAGAACAUGCUAUUAGCAUUCUCCCCUUUAGCUACAAGUUACGACAUGAACACAGAACACAUCUUUCAGGAUAUAAUGAAGAAUUUAGUUAUCCCAUAUUCUUUGUGCUCUUAAUCGGCCAAAUAUUGGCUUUAUAUAUCUUAAAAUUUGUUCAACGGUUGAUACACAGCUGUAGCUCUAAAGAAGAUGAUAUAUGAGCUUAAAAGCAAAUACAUUAUGAACAAGAAAAAAAGAAGUUAUUAAAUACGGAUAAUUCGGGGUUGUUAUAAGAACUGGUUUUGUAUUACGAGGCCAUAAUAGCUUUUAACCGCAUGUUCAUUGUGGAAUCUUUGCUAGCACUUCGCCCUAAUAUAAACUUUCAGAUACUUGCCUCAACUUUGGACUGGAAUUGUCUGGAGAACAGGCAAGGCUCCUAAUGUCCAGAGUGUUUAUAUGUUUACAGUAUGUUUUGGGUUGGAAACUACCUUUUUAUAGUUUUUCUGGAAGAUAUUUAUAGAAUUGGCACCAUUGAGUUUAGGUAUUAAACCACAUUUUCUGUUCUCGCUAACUGAUAUGAAGUUUUUAAACUAAUAAGUGAUCUGAACUGUAGGGACUAUAACAAUCUACAGAAUUGCUCAUCUGGAUAGUUGACAUUAAUAUACAGCUUUCUUUUCAAAUGAUUAUUACUUCCAAAUAUGCAUAAUUACCUGUUUUUGAGUUUUUGAUCUUUUAUCUGUAUAUCUUUCUACGUGUAUUCUCUAGAUGUUUCAUACUUGACGAUGUUUAUGGGUGCAGGAUAUAAAGUAUAUGCUAUAUAUAAUUGACCUCAACAAGUGGUCGGCAUUUUGAGGCUUGUUUAUGAGUUUUUUCUGAUACAUCAUACAUAUCUAUGUUUUAUGUGCUACUCCUCCCCAGUUGUGUGCAUAGUGAUAGUCCAUAAUCAUGAGUUUAGUGAUCAAAACACAUUGCGUAGAGUUGACCGCUUUGACUAGAAACAACUCCCUCAUCAUUAGUCUAUAGGUGGUCUAAAACUUCAGAUCUAUCAGUUUAACUUGGCAUAGUAAGAAACUGGUUAACGUAGCUGUAUGGUUUGCGAUGACUGCUCAGUCUGCUUUGAUCUCAACUUAUCUUAACCCAAAAUCCUUGCUUAUUAAUGCCAAACACAGUAGUUUCUUCUGUCCAGUAUAUUAUGACAUCAUACUGUAGCACAUUCCCUUUGUAUUGCUGCACUAUCUGGUGGGUGGGGCGGUGGGGGCCAGAUAUAUCUGGCAGCAUCUGAUUAUGUAGUCCAAAAAUAAAUUUGUUGCUAAAAUUUUGAAAUAAAAAGAAACAAAAGUAGAACUAGUUACAGGACUGAGAUACAUUCAUGUUACUUUACCUUCUGGAUUAGUCGUUAUUUCAAGUUUUCAAUGGAUAGUUUUAAUGUAUACAUUAUUCAUCUAAAAGGAAGCCUGCAUGAUCAAUAAUUAGUUCUUGCUGACUUUUUCUACCUGUGUGUGCUUAUAUGGAGGAUAUUGAAAAAUCUAGCUCGGAAUGACGCAGUCACAGAAAUGAUUAUCCUUUAAUUGUAUGUUCUUAACAGGCUCUCUGCUGUAGGAUUUCUACAUUCAUCUUACUUUCUUUUUGAUUGUUUGUUAUUGCCAGUCUUCAGUGGAUCAGUGGAUGGUUCUAAAGUAUACAUGAUUCAUCGAACAGGUGGCCGGCAAAUUUUAUAAUCAGUUUUGGCCGACUAUACUGUUUCUGCUUAUAUGGGGACUAUGCUAUACUUGUUGUAAAGUAGCGGUUAUAAAUGUAAUAUGUAAUAUUUAGCAGUUUCACAAAUUUUUGUCAUUGAACAACAGUUACUCAAAUACCAUCCGUUCGGGAUGAAUUUGACACAGCAAAACUGUCAGGCUGGGGUAGUCAUGAGGAGUUGAGGACUAUAUAGACGAGUGCUAGUAGCAGCUAUUGAUAGAGAGGUUGGUAACGAGCUAUUGAUAGAGAGGUUGGUAAUUGCUAAAACAGCACCAUGUCUCGCCUCUCGGGGACACUGAGUAUAUGGAUUUGGGUAAGGUCUCUAUAUUUCUUUUAGUUUAGGGCAAUAAGGCAUGGAUACAUCCUCACACCUUAGUCCAGACUCGUAAGCUGGACAUGUUGAGUGCGUUUAUUUUCAUGGAGACAUGUCAAAUAAUUGAGUCAUGAUUUAAAUAAAUAAUGUUUGUUGCCCAGAUUUCAUGAUUUUAUAGCUCAAUUUCCCUUUUUAUUGU